GCGCCGUGACCUUGAACAUCCUCAAACGCCUCUGAUUGGCUCGUCCAUAAAUUAGAGUCCUACCAAAAAAACGCACAAAAAUCUAAGCCAAUCAAAAUUCAGUUCACUAUUUAACUUUGUUAUUUAACUAGCAUCAACUUGUAAUCAGUAUCAUCAGCCAUCAUUUGGUGUGUACUGCGAGAUGCCUGAUAAACGGUCAACCUAUCCAAAUUUCUAUGAAAAAUAUUCCCCAAUAGAUCGUUCAAGAUCGUUUAUUAGUGUGCAUUUAAAUCAGCAGUCAAUAAUAUCCGAUCCUAAAACUGGUGCACGAAAAUCUCCAAUUGCUCAAAAGUUCACUGACGAAUCUCGUGUACAAACAGUCAAAGACAUUUUUGAAUAUGGUUUAAAUAAUUCGAGGUCUAAUCGGUGUCUGGGGAAACGACCGUCUUUCAAUGAUCCAUACUCGUGGCUAACUUAUGAUGAAGUUGAUGAGCGAAUAAGGGCUAUCGGGUCGGCACUCUCAGAAAUUGUGAAACUUAAACAUGACUGUGAAAAUUUUGUCGGGAUUUAUGCACCAAAUUCACCAGAGUGGGUUAUUAUGCAGCAUGCAUGUGCAGCAUAUUCUUAUACCAUAGUACCUUUGUAUCCAACUCUCGGUGAUGAAGCUUUGCAACAUAUUCUAUCGCAAACGAAAAUGAACUGCGUGCUGUGUGCUUCAGGACGUGAAGCUCUUCAUUUAAUGGACAAAUUUGAAUCUUCCCUUGAAAUUUUAAUUAUUAUUGCAAAUGAUUCUAAAUUUGAAGAAGUUAAAUCUCGUUAUAGUUCGAAAGUUUCAAUUUACUUGUUUGAAGAAUUAAUGGUAAUUAGUACAUACAUGCCAAUACAUUUUUUACUCGUGCGAAAGAAAAGAAUUUUCCAGACUAGUUAGUUACGAAAUGGUGAUACCUUCCAUUGAACUAUACAUCUCUUAUCAUUUACCUGACUUUCUACACUCGAUUUAUUAUGUAUUUUUACUUAAUUGCUUACGCC